CGAAACUGAUUUACAAAAAUGAACUGACUCACAAACAGACCUCAGUUUUGCACUGGGAACCAACGACAUCAGAUGUUCUUUGAGAAAGAUGUUUAAACGCUCAAAACCCCCAGCACCUCCCUCUCCAAAGCUUCUCCAUGCGGACUGGAGACAGAUACCAUCAUGGGAAAAGGACGAUUAUCUGCAGUACAUUAAUAAUUAUGAACCGGACCAAAAAGAUGUAGAACACCUCAGGAUUUUGCUUCAUGGACCAAGUAACGCCGGCAAGUCCAGUUUCAUCAACUCAGUGGAGACAGCUUUACGAGGAAGAAUGACUGGACAGGCUUUAGUUGGUGUUGGCAAUGACAGCUUCACCUCAAAGUAUCAAACGCACAAAAUACAAAAAAGAAAACCUGGGAACUUCUAUCCGUUUGUCUUCAAUGACAUCAUGGGACUAGAGAAAGACAAUAAAGGCAUUAAUGUGGAUGACAUCAAAGAGGCCAUGAAGGGACACGUGAAAGAUGGGUAUGCGUUUAAUCCUCACUCCUCAUUUUCAAGUGAAGACCUGCAGCAUUACAACAAAAGCCCGACUGUCAAUGACCAGACACAUGUUCUGGUAUGUGUCGUCUCAGCCAGUACCCUCAGUAUCAUGAGUCCUGAACUCAUUGACAAGAUGAAAGUAGUCCGACUUGCAGCAAAAGACUUGGGGAUUCCUCAAAUGGCCAUUGUUACUAAGAUUGAUGAGGCCUGUCCUGAGGUUCAGUCUAACUUGGCGGAGGUCUGCACUCUCUGAGUGCUUUUCUAGUUAAUUUUGGAUUUGCGUUUUUUUUUCUUUUCAGUUUUAACCAUUGUGGGAAUUAAUUUCUGUAUUUUUAGUGUUUCAUUCAUGUUAAUUCACCAUGCAAUGUGGAAGGGGUUCAAUGUUCUUGUACAUGUGUCAUAAAGAGAAGUCAGUGUCUGAACUUUAAAAUGUCAAUGAGUUUGGGACAUGUUAUGAUGGACUUUGUGAUGUAUAUGAGACAUAAAGGGGGAGUGUCUGAACUCUUUAACAUAUGACUAUCUGUGGUUACACUGUCUAGGUCAACAUUUCUGUAAAUACCAGUUACAGUUUGUCAAUAUUCUUACGAGAUGGUCAGUAUAAAGCUGUCAGCUCUUCUUGUACUAAGAGAGGUGACGUGGAGAGAUGCUGUGUGAAUCAACUUGAAUCAAGAGAUCUGUACCUGUGUGAGCCUAAUAAAGAGACAUGUUUGUGAACACCUUUAA